CUUUACUCUUGUCUGAACUUUGUGUUGCGUGUGAAUUGAGAUGGAGCAAGUGAAGGUGCUGAGCGCUUGGUUCAGUCCAUUCGGCAUGCGCGUCUUGAUUGCCCUGGAAGAAAUUGGCGUGAAAUAUGAUUAUCUAGAAGAGGCGCUACCCAAUAAGAGCGAGCUGCUCCUGCAAAUGAAUCCUGUGCACAAGAAAGUACCUGUCCUCAUUCACAAUAACCAGCCCAUAUGCGAGUCUCUCAUAAUUCUCCAGUACAUUGACGAGACAUGGGACUCCAAGCAGGUUUCACCAUUUGAUCGUGCCCUUGCCCUUUUCUGGGCUGAUUUCGCUGAUAAGAAGUUUUUUGACUCGGGUAUUCGUAUAGUGAAAUCGAAAGAUGAGGCUCAAGAGCAGGCCAAGCGUGACUUACUGGAGAACCUCCAAUUUCUAGAAGGUGCGUUGAAAGAAAUGUCAGCGGGAGGAUCCCUGCCCUUUUUUGGAGGGAAGGUUUUUGGGUUCGUGGAUAUUGCCUUAGCCCCCUAUGUGUCCUGGUUCCAUAUUUUUGAAACUAUUGGGAAUUUCAAGAUACCGUUUGAAACUGAAUAUCCAUUACUUGAUGCAUGGAGUAAGAGAUGUAUGAAGAGGGAGAGCGUCAAGAAAAUUCUUCCCUCCUCUGAUCGGCUUCUAGACAGGAUCUUCCAAAUCAGGAAGCGAUUUGUGGUAGAUUAAAAUGCAAGUGAUUUAUGCGCAAUAGACAGUAUUUGUUAAGCUGUUUACUUUGAGUAGCUAACUUUUGUAAGAUCGUGUCCAGAAGCUUUUCAAUGGCAUUCUUGAAUUUACUGUUGAACUGUUAGAUUAUAGAAUCUCAUCCCAACAUCAAUAAAAAAUAAUACUAUUUUCAGUAA